AUGAAGGUGAGCUAAUCAUAUGAAGUUCCUGACUCCUCUGCUGUAGAUCUGACAGGAUAUCCUCUCGUCUAUCCUCUGUUUCUUGCAGCAGAAGAUCGUGAUCAAGCUUCAGAUGAUGGACCUUAAGACCCGCAGCAAAGCAAUGAAAAUAGCCGUCGGUCUUCCAGGUAUCUGGCCCCCGCACGCUCCCUUCUUCUGUUCCUUCUUCUGUUCCUUCUUCUGUUCCUUCUUCCAUUUCUACGCUGAGGAUUCCGAGUUUAACGGGACUUGGUGUUCGUCGACGACCCAUAACAAGAUCAAAUUUUCCUGUCUUGUAGCCGUUGAGUCGGUGGCAACUGAAGGGGAGGACAAGGACCAGAUCAUCGUUAUCGGGGACGGGGUCGACUCCGUCGCACUCGUGAAGCGGCUGAGGAAGGCCAUGGGCAUGGCGAUCCUCGUCAGUGUCGCCGCCGUCGAGGACGAGGACAAGGACAAGGACAAGGGAAAGGUUGAGGAUCCUACGCCUGAGCCAUUACCUUGCGUCUACUACGUGAACGAACAAGGCUACUACCAGGAGCCCAACUGCAUAAUUAUGUAG